AAUGGAACUUUCACGUCAUUCAGCUCAUCGGGCCUCGGAACAGCGCGACCGAAAUUCAAAUCGCGAUUUUGCCUCUUUCGCCUUCAGUUUCUUCAGUUCCUUCCUUUGCAACCAACUGUCAGUCUCAUCACCAACUUUGCGCACGGCAACCUCACAGCCAUAAGGCGCACUCAUAACCGAGAACCUCUCAACAAAUUCUAAUCCAACCCUCUACAACCAUCGCCGGUACCACCGCGCAUCCGCAUUCGCAUCCGUAUCCUCAACCUCACAACACCAAAACCGCAACACCACCAAACCAAAACAUCAACCCCAACGACCAAUCCAAAAUGUCCCGCCGCCUCCUCUCGCUCUCCAAGCCCCUCUCGGGCCUCCCCAAGUCCUCCCUCCGCUUCUCCUCCUCCUUCCUCCAACGCGGCCCCGCCCCUCCCCGCCUGCCCGCCGACCAACAAGCCGAAUUCGAGCGUCUCCAAGCCGCCGCCGAAGCCGCUCUGUACACUCACACCACCAUUCCCACCAUCCCAACCAACCCGGCCACUGCUUCCUCGCCGGAAAACAACUCGAAGCACGUCACCCAACCCACUGGGGACAACAACACGGUGAAAGUAGCAGGAGUAGAAGCGCCGGUAAUCAUCGAAGACGCAGCCCAAACCUUCAGCGGCGGCAUCCGCAAGGGCGCGCCGCCCGAGUUCGAAGGCGACAAGAACCCCAAGACGGGCGAGAUUGGCGGGCCCAAGAAUGAGCCGUUGCGGUGGGGGGCGGGUGGGGAUUGGAGUUAUAAUGGGCGGGUUACGGAUUUCUAA